CUCUGCGGGCCGGCGUCAUGGCCGAGGCGGCUUUGGACGCCGUGCGGAGCGCGUUACGAGGGUUUCCGGCCGCGGCUCGGGACCUCAGUGUACCUCUGGCUGUGCCCUACCUGGAUGAGCCCCCGACUCCGCUGUGCUUCUACCGGGACUGGGUUUGCCCCAAUAGGCCGUGCAUCAUCCGCAAUGCCUUGAGGCACUGGCCCGCCCUCCAAAAGUGGUCCUUCCCCUAUUUAAGAUCCGUGGUAGGGUCCACAGAAGUGAGUGUGGCUGUGACCCCAGAUGGUUAUGCAGAUGCUGUACGAGGGGACCGUUUUGUGAUGCCUGCCGAGCGACGCCUGCCCCUGCACUAUGUGCUGGAUGUGCUGGAGGGUCAGGCCCGGCACCCGGGAGUCCUUUAUGUACAGAAGCAGUGCUCCAACCUGCUCACUGAGCUGCCUCAGCUGCUGUCUGAUGUUGAGUCCCAUGUGCCCUGGGCCUCUGAGGCACUGGGAAAGAUGCCUGAUGCUGUGAAUUUCUGGCUGGGAGAGGCAGCUGCAGUGACAUCCUUGCACAAGGAUCAUUAUGAGAACCUGUACUGUGUGAUCUCUGGUGAGAAACACUUCUUGUUACACCCGCCUAGUGACCGACCCUUCAUCCCCUAUGAGCUAUACACGCCAGCAACUUACCAGCUGACUGAAGAGGGCACUUUUCGGAUGGUGGACGAGGAAGCCACGGAGAAGGCAAGAGUGCCUGGGACAUGCCUGCUCACUGUACGUGUUCUCCAGGCACAUAACCUGCCCUCCAAGGACCUAGUGACACCCUCUGAUUGCUAUGUGACUCUGCGGCUGCCCACGGCCUCCAGCCACACACUUCAGACACGCACAGUCAGAAACAGCAGAAACCCCGUCUGGAAUCAGAGCUUUCACUUCCGGAUCCACAAGCAGCUCAAGAAUAUUGUGGAACUGAAAGUUUUUGAUCAGGACCUGUUGACCAAAGAUGACCCUUUGUUGUCAGUGCUGUUUGACUUGGGGACUCUGCAAGCUGGGGAGUCCAGGCGUCAGAGCUUUUCACUGAGCUCUCAGGGUCAGGGGCGGCUGGAAGUUGAAUUUCGGCUACAGAGUCUAACAGACUGUGCAGAGCAGCUCAUCAGCAAUGGCAUCUUGGUGGCCCGGGAACUCUCCUGCUUGCAUGUGCAGCUGAAGAGGACUGAAGCCCCAAAUGGGUCAGAGGGCAGAGUUCAGCUUGUGGUUCCUGGGGCCUGUGAGGGUCCACAGGAGGCCUGUGUAGGCACUGGCUCUUUCCUCUUCCAUUGCCCGGCCUGCUGGGAGCAAGAACUGAGUAUUCAUUUGCAGGAUGACCCCCAUGAACAACUGAAGGUGCCACUACAGGCUCUGCCCUCAUCACAGUUGGUGAGACUUGUCUUCCCCACAUCCCAGGAGCCCCUGAUGAGAGUGGAACUGAAGAAGGAAGAAGGACCAAGGGAGCUGGCUGUGCGGCUGGGCUGUGGGCCCUGCCCCGAGGAGCAGACUUUCCUGAGUAGAAGGAAGCAGGUGGUGGCCGCAGCACUCAAGCAAGCACUGCAGCUGGACAGAGACUUGCAGGAGGAUGAGGUCCCAGUGGUUGCUAUUAUGGCCACUGGUGGUGGGAUCCGGGCAAUGACCUCCUUAUAUGGGCAGCUGGCUGGCCUGAGAGAGCUGGGCCUCUUAGAUUGCAUCUCCUAUAUCACAGGGGCCUCGGGCUCCACUUGGGCUUUAGCCAACCUCUAUGAGGACCCAGAAUGGUCUCAGAAGGACCUAGGAGGGCCCACUGAAUUGCUGAAGAGCCAAGUGACAAAGAGCAAGCUGGGCGUGCUGGCCCCUAGCCAGCUGCGGCGGUACCAGCAGGAGCUGGCUGAGCGUGCCUGCCUGGGCCACCCAACGUGCUUCACCAACCUGUGGGCCCUCAUCAACGAAGCACUGCUGCAUGAUGAGCCUCAUGAACACAAACUCUCCGAUCAACGAGAAGCCCUGAGUCGAGGUCAGAACCCUCUUCCCAUCUACUGUGCGCUCGGCACCAAGGAGCGAAGCCUGACGACCUUUGAAUUUGCUGAGUGGUGUGAAUUUUCCCCCUAUGAGGUGGGCUUCCCCAAGUACGGAGCCUUCAUCCCCUCCGAGCUCUUUGGCUCCAAGUUCUUCAUGGGGCGGCUAGUGAAGCAGCUCCCCGAGUCCCGCAUCUGCUUUUUGGAAGGUAUCUGGAGCAACCUGUUUGCAGCCAGCCUCCAGGACAGCUUGUAUUGGGCCUCAGAGCCCAGCCAGUUCUGGGACCGCUGGGCUCAGAAUCAGGCCAUCCUGGACAAAGAGCAGGUUCCCCAUCUGAAGAUAGAAGAAUCACCCACAACAGCUGGCAGGAUCGCUGAGUUUUUCACUGACCUCCUGACAAAACGCCCACUUGCCCAGGCCACCCACAAUUUUCUGCAUGGCCUCCAUUUCCACAAGGACUAUUUCCAGCACCCUCACUUCUCUUCCUGGAAAGCUACCAAACUGGAUGGGUGCCCCAACCAGCUGACGCCCACAGAGCCCUGCCUUUGCCUUCUGGACGUUGGCUACUUCAUCAAUACUAGCUGCCCGCCCCUCCUGCAGCCCACCCGGGAUGUGGACCUUAUCUUGUCGCUGGACUACAACCUCCAUGGAGCCUUUCAGCAGCUGCAACUUGUAGGCCAGUUCUGCCAGGAGCAGGGCAUCCCGUUCCCACCCAUCUCGCCCAGCCCUGAGGAGCAGCGCCAGCCUCGGGAGUGCCACUCAUUCUGUGACCCUGCCCAGCCCGAAGCCCCCGCCGUGCUGCACUUCCCACUAGUCAGUGGCUCCUUCCGGGAGUACUCAGCCCCUGGAGUGCUACGGGUGCCGGAGGAGAAAGCAGCUGGGGAGGUGAACCUGUCUUCUUUGGACUCCCCAUACCACUACUCAAAAGUGACUUACAGCCAGGAGGAUGUGGACAAGCUGCUGCGCCUGACACAUUACAAUAUCUGCAAUAACCAGGAGCAGCUGCUGGACGCCCUGCGCCAGGCUGUGCAGCGGCGAAGGCAGCGGAAGCAGGGCAGGCCUGCGUGACAGCUGAGGUGCCCUGGCUGGGCUCCUGCGUGGCCUGGAGCACCCUUGACCCUUAGCUCCCUUCUGUUGAAUUAGUGAUCAGCAUCACUAGGUGCCCCAGAGCCUCUGGGGACUCAGUGCCCUUGUGUAAGUCCACGGCAGUGUGUGUCCAGGACCAUCCAGAGGUGGCAGGGCAGUCACCAGCACACUGUCACAGUCGGGGCUAAAGGCUGCAAGCAGAGGAACUGGAGUCGCCUUGCUCAUGGCUGCAACUUGGAUGGGGUCCCCAAGGAGUGGACCACAGCUGCCUUCCUCUGGGGCAGGGAAGGACUUGGGACUAAAAUACUCUUCAGCAGCUAAGGGUAGAAAUGGGCAACAGCAUGGCUUUAGCCCAGCAGUGUUGGCUGUGUGUAUAGCACCGUGUGACGUGGAGCGCUUUAUACAUUACAGAGG